UACAGUUGGAAUUCAGUCUACAAGGCCACUGUCUACCUCUCUGUUGAAACUCGCCACUGAUUUGUAACAUUCGGAGUAACCACUUUUGAUGCAUUUGCUGCAAGAAGACAGAGGUACAUUAUCCGAAAGAGGCAUGGUCCAAGGAGAUAAGAAAGUUGGUAUGAAGUCGGAGAAGAAAUCCAAGAAAAGGAAAAAGAAUGCCGCCACCAAUGAUUCGGAAGUGACAAAGGGCAUUGUUAAAGCUGUUGAGCGUGAUUCAUGUUUCAAGGUAAAAUCAGGAGAAAGUGAAGAUCGUGCCAUCAAGAGAAACAAAGAAAGACGUGGUGGAAAACAGCCUGGGAAGUCCAGUAAAGACAAGUGCGAUGAUGCUGUUAAAAAUUUUGUGAAAAAGAAAAAUAAGUUGAAGAAUGAGGGAGAGACAUUCCAUGAUUCUCUUUUAGAUGCCAAAACAAUUGCUCCUGAAAGUGCGAGUGGAGCAUGGGAAACCAAGGAGGUUGAGACACUCAGCGAUGCAUCUGGUGGAAAUAUUAUAGACGAGGUGAAGAGGAAAAAAAGUAAAAAGGAAAAGAGGAAAAAAGAGGAUGGACAGGUAGAUAUUGUGGCUGGUGACGUUCAAGGUUACACUAAUAUCAGAAAGAAGAAAAAGACAAAAUUAGGACACAGUUGUAAAGAUCUUACACAUGAAAAGAGUGAAAAGAGAGUGAGAUUUUCUGGUCAUGUACAGGUUUUUCCUCCAUCCAGUGAUCCAAGUGACGAGGAGUAUGAAGUACAGGAAGAAAAAUUACUGUGGGGCAAACGAUUCUCAAAAGAAGAAGAUGAAAUUAUCAAACAUGCUGUUAAUAGAUACAUAGAGGUACAUAACUUGGGCAAAGAAGGGUUGCAAAAGGUUUUGAACUCUAAAUCUAUUCCCGAAAUAAGGGGCUGCUGGAAAAAAAUAGGGAGUGCUAUACCAUACAGGCCUUAUACUGCAGUUUAUCAGCGUGCACAACGGUUGUUUCGAAGUAAUGAUAAUCGUAAAUACACUGAAGAAGAGUAUGAGAUGAUACGGAAGUUCCAUGGAGAACAUGGGCCCAAAUGGAGGGUCUUGGCUGAUGAACUUGGGAAACAUUGGGCUAACGUGGGAAAUACAUGGCAUAGGAUAAAACUGGCCAAUCGGAAGAAAGGAAAUUGGGCUCAGGAGGAAAUCCAGACUUUUUUUGAUUUGGUAAAUGCCGAUCUGCAACUGAAGCUUUGUGAAGAGAAGAAAUCUAAGCAUGGGAUGUUACGGAAUAAUAUUCGCUGGAGUGCAAUUAGUGACAAAUUGUCCACCAGGUAUAGUGGACAUUGCUGCACUAAAUGGUACAGACAAUUAACAUCGCCGAUGGUGGCUGCAGGUGAAUGGGCAGAUACUGAUGACUAUCGACUAAUUGAUGCUCUUUUUGAACUUGAUGCGAGUUGCAUAGAGGAUGUGGAUGAUGUGGAUUGGGACAAUCUUCUUUCCCACAGGCAUGGAGAGUUAUGUCGAAAAAGAUGGAAAGAGAUGGUCCGUCAAAUAAGUCAACAUGAAAAUAAGUCAUUUGCUGCACAAGUAGAAGUGUUAGCUAAGAGAUACCGCCCUGAUUUGGUUGAAGCAAGAGAGGCCUGGGAUAGGAAACCAGUUGUUCCAUGAAUAUGUUCAUCACUCACAUGGACAUUUAUGUAGAGAGAGAGAUGCUUAAGGAACAUCUAUUCUGAGGCGGAUCCAGGUUUUUAAAUCGGUAGGUCGAGGUAUCCUGUUCUACGUUGCAUUCGGUUUAGCAUAAACAUAUAUUUUUUAAAAUUAUUCAACUACAUAUACGUUCAAAUCAGCCGCUUCCUUGGAACUACAUAGGCAUUUCCAUUAGUUAGACUUCACACACUAUAUAAACAAAUAGUUGAAAAAGACACUGAGUGCAGGCAGUCCAUAAACUAGAACAGUCACUGGAUAUACUAUUAUCUAGAAACUUGUGUCGUCCUUUUUCUUUUGGUUCUUUCUCGCUCUUUGUUCUUGUAAUUUUUGAAAGGCUUAUAAAAUGUCUACAAAUGUUAAUUGCUUGGUA